GUUAGUCGCGGCGUGUCUAAUUACCUUCUUCUCGUUCCUUACCAGACGGCACAUAACAAUAAGCUCGUCUAUGAAUGUGCGCGGUCCAAUAAGACAUGGGAACUGUUCCUCGUCUUGCACCUGAGCACGAGCGUUCUCCCCGCAAACUCAGGAUAGCUAUCCAUUUUUCCUACUCACUGUGCUUGAUGAAAAGUACUACACAUAGGUUAAGAAAUAGAGCUAAAUGUGCGUCGGGACGUCAUGGGAAUUUUUUUCAGAAUGGAACUUACGUCUGAACCGACGUUCUAACGGAACGCGCGAGCAAUUUGACCUCUCGCUCUCACCCGAUUUCUCCUUUUUGUCAAUGCAGCUCAUCCGGAUCCAAUGUCAGACCUUAUUGUUUCGUCCUUGACGAUGCUCCCCCUAAUAUCAGAAUCCCACCUAAUCUAGAAUCAGCCGAGGACAAUUGUAAUCUCUACCAGGGAGAUAUGAAAAGGCUCACUGACCUGACUCACAGAAUUCACGCCCUCUUUUCCCUUUUCCUUUCCACCAGUGCUCUCAUUGCAACAUGGACACUGGUAGUAUAUUUACUGGUGAUGCAGCAGCCUCCGCCCCCUCCAUUGGCCUCAGCUCUCCAGCCCAAAACAUCAUUUUUCGCUUUCGCCGCAAUCCUGUCCCAGAUGUGCCCGAGGAUGUCGCCCUCCUUCACCUCAACGAUCCCAAUUGGGAGCCUCCUUCUUCAUCCUCCUACGUCGACUCAUUUGACCUAGACGAGAAGAAGGACGACCGUGCUUUUUCGAGCGGGUACUCGGAACGAAGCUCCGACAUCGACACCGACUCUCGAACAGGAUCGAUUCAUAAGGGCGCAGCUUCCAGGCUUCAGUUACGUGAAGCUGAGGAGGACUAUGAAGACGAAUCGCCGUACGCUGAGGUUCGCGCGGCCAUCUCGAACACUGACGAUCCUUCUAUGCCCGUUAAUACCUUCCGGAUGUGGUUCAUUGGUAUCAUUAUUACUAUUGUUAUGUCUUCGUUUAACCACGUUAUGUCCCUACGAUGGCCGUCGGUUGGCAUCAGUCCCCUCGUCGUCCAGCUGAUCGCAUUGCCAAUUGGCAAGUUGUUUGAAUGGGUUCUGCCCACCACCAAAUUCAACACUUUGGGCUACCAAUGGUCUUUCAACCCUGGGCCGUUCAACAUCAAGGAGCAUACCGUUAUUACCGUUAUGGCCAACCUCCUCUACAACGACGCUUAUGCAACUCUCAUCACCGCCAUCCAGGAGCUUUUCUACGGCCAAAAGCUUACUUAUGGAUACAGAAUUCUCAUCGUCUUAUCCACCCAAUUGUUCGGGUACACCUAUGCUGGUCUCGUCCGGCAAUUCCUUGUCUGGCCUUCAAGCAUGAUUUGGCCUGGUGCGCUGGUGGAGUGCGCUCUCCUCAAUACACUUCACAAGAACUACGGAAAGUUUGAGCGAAACCACAUGUCUCGCGAGAGGUUCUUCUUCCUCGUCACGAUUGGGGCGUUCGUUUACUACUUCCUCCCGGGUUAUAUCUUCACCGGCUUGAGCAUGUUCACGUGGGCCUGCUGGAUCGCUCCACAGAACCAAACGGUCAACUCCCUCUUCGGUUUCCAGACUGGUUUGGGCAUGGGAUUCUUGACCUUUGAUUGGUCGAUGAUAUCCUAUCUUGCUAGUCCCCUCAUUGCUCCAUGGUGGUCUGAACUUAACGUCUUCGCUGGAUUCUUUAUCUUCAUGUGGGUUCUCACUCCCAUCUUCUACUUCCAGAACGUUUUCUUUGCGAAGUUCAUGCCCAUCUCCGCCGCUUUGGCUUUCGACAACACUGGUAAUCCAUAUGAUGUAUCCGCUAUCAUCACCAACAACACCUUCGAUGAGGAGAAGUACAGGGCAUAUUCGCCUCUGUAUCUUCCCACCACGUUCGCCAUCUCCUAUGGAGCCCAGUUUGCAAGUUUGACUGCCAUCAUCGUUCAUAUCUUCCUUUGGUACCGCAACGACAUCGCUCGUCAGUUCCGCCGGUCAAUCCGUGACGAACGUGAUGUGCACUCCCGUCUCAUGACUGUGUACGCGGAAGUACCACAAUGGUGGUAUGGUAUUCUUGGGGUGAUAGCUCUUGUGUUCGGUCUCGUCGCCAUUGAGAUCUUCGAUACCGACUUACCAAUCUGGGCUUUGGUCGUUGGUAGCGUCGUGGGCUUGCUCUUCCUCAUCCCCGUUGGAAUUAUUCGCGCGGUGACGAACCAGCUGAUAACUAUUAACGUCUUCUCCGAGUUCAUUGGUGGCUACCUACUCAAUAACAAGCCGAUUGCCGUUAUGCUGUUCAAGACUUACAGCUUCGUCCCUGUGUCUAUGUCCCUCACCUUCGUCAGCGACUUGAAGAUCGGCCACUAUAUGAAGAUCCCACCACGAAUCAUGUUUGUUGCUCAAGUUCUUUCCACCGUCAUCGGUUCGUUCUGCGUAGUCAGCACUCAGGACUUGCUGUUCGCCAAUGUUGAGAACAUCUGUACCCCCGAGGCUAAGGGUGGUUUCACCUGCCCCGGUGUCACGACGUUCGCAACUUCCUCGCUCAUUUGGGGAGCCAUUGGACCACAACGGAUGUUCUCUCCAGGCCAAUUGUACAACCCAAUCCUGUGGUUCUUCCUCAUCGGCGCGUUCGCUCCCAUUCCCUUCUAUUUCCUCGCGAGACGGUACCCUCGUGGCAUCUGGCGAUACAUCAACACACCUCUCAUCUUCUGUGCCACCGCCGUCAUGCCACCCGCGUCGGGCAUCAACUUCUCAUCAUGGAUCAUGGUCGCUGCAAUCUUCCAGUGGUUCAUGCGUCGCUAUCACUUCAGGUGGUGGAUGCGCUACAACUACAUCCUUUCCGCUGCCCUCGAUGCUGGUACGAUUCUGAGCGCCAUCAUUAUUUUCUUCUUCCUCUACCUGCCAAAGGGUGGAAUUGAAUUCAACUGGUGGGGGAACACCGUCUGGCAGAAUACAUUCGACGCGAUCGGUAUGCCGGCUUUGACUGUCUCACCUGGCGAUAUCUUCGGCCCUCGAACGUGGUCUUGAAGUGCUCAACACCAUGACAUCUUCGUACUUUCAGGGGUUAUGUGUAUUCUUAUGUGAUGUUCCCGAACGCUUUUUCAUUCACGACGAUUUUAUCUUGCACGCCUCAUUGUAAACGCAUCCACAUCUCUCAUAGCACUGUUGUAAAUCCUUUUUCAAUUUUCCACUUUCUUUCUCCUUUCACUUCUUUUCACUCCUUCCCCCCAACUCGGUGCGAUUGACUUGGCCGCAGUUCUUUUGCUCGAUUUCGUUCAUCUACGAUUUAUUGCCAGUACCUCUUUCUUUCCUCUCACGCAUUGUAAUAGUACACAGAAAAUGCAUGACAUUCAUAGAUACCGCAGCCAUCAUUUCGAUUUC